AUGCACGUCCGGGGGGUGGAUGCAUGGCCACGGUCCACGCCGCUGGGAUCACACCUUGGACGUGACAAGCUCCACGUCCACCAUCUGCCAUCUUACCUUAUCCCGUCCCAUCACUCUAGACGUCUGCAGACAACAGCCGCCUCUACCAAUACACAGACAGCCCUUACACAAUCCUCUCCCUUUCUCUGUCCAAAUAACAAUCCAGUCUCACUUCAUAGGGGGGACAAAAUCCUUGUGAACUUGGGUAUCAUUCCUCUCGCCCUUGCAAGAGUCGCGCCGACGCUCCCAUCGUCGCCAAGGAACCUAACUAAAAAGACGUCCAUGCCGCCAGACGAACAGAUAGCCCGUGAAUGA